AUGUUCAGCGCAAAUGGUUUUGGCUCAGGCCCUUCGUGGAUGAACACGUCGCAACUCGAGAGCCUCAUCACCGCCGCCUGCGAUCCGUCGCAGUUCCGGCCUGACCCCGCCAAGCAGCUCGAGGUCGCCGAGUACAUCAACCAGAAGAAAGCUAACACUCCCCGCGAAGCUGCCCUCCUCCUCGCCCGCCUCGCCAACCACCGCAACCCGCAUGUCGGCUCGCUCGCUCUCUCCCUCCUCGCCACCCUCACCCAUGCAUGCGGCUACCCCUUCCACCUCCAGAUCGCCACCAAAGAAUUCCUCAACGAACUCGUCCGGCGCUUUCCCGAGCGCCCGCCGCCGUUCCCCGGCCCCGUCAUGGACGCCAUUCUCGCCCUCAUCCACGAGUGGGCCGAGACGAUCUGCAAGACCUCGCGCUGGAAACAAGACCUGGGCAACAUCCGCGACAUGCACCGCCUGCUCAGCUUCAAGGGCUACCGCUUCCGCGAUCUGCCCGCUUCGCGGCGGCACGAGCUCGGCCUCAUCCCGAACCCCGUUUCGGCCGCGGCAGUCGUCGGCGAGGAGCUCAAGUCCGCCGCAGAGCUCGAGGAGGAAGACCGCGAGGCACAGCAGGCCAAGCUUCAAGAGCUCAUCCGACGAGGCACACCACGCGACCUCGCUGCCGCGCAGGAGCUUAUGAAGUCCCUUGCCGGCGCCGAGCCGGACAAAAAGCCCGAUUACCGCGCUCAAGCGCUUACGGAGCUGAACAAGCUCGAGUCGAAGGUCGUUCUCCUCGGUGAAUUGCUCGAUAAUGUCGAUACUGAGCGCGGCGAGCGCUUUGCCCCUGGGGACGCGUACGACCAAGUCGCCUCAAUCCUUUCCAACGCUCGCCCCAAAAUCCAGCAGUGGAUAUCAAAUGCCGAAACGCACGACCCCGAAUCCCUCGACACCUUCCUUCAGAUCAAUGACCAGAUCAACACUGUCCUUGCCCGCUACGACGCUUACAAACGCGGUGAUCUGGCCUUCGCCGCAAACCCCAUCCCCUCCGAGCUCUCCUCCGCCGCCUCCAACAACCUCAUCGACUUUGACGAUUCUGCUCCAUCAUCCUCCGCCAACCAAUCAGGGUCAGGUUCAGGAGGCGUCGCGGAGCUCGCCGACCUCUUCGGCGGCGGCACCGGCCCCGGAGGUGGUAUCAGUCUCGGUCAAAGCCCUCCCCCCACGUACGCUCAACCCGUCCACGCCAUGGGUGCCUUCAGUAACCUAAGUGCCAUCGGAUCCGGAGCCAACGCUCCCACGUACAGUUCGCCUUCACCGCUGCUCGCACAAAUGAACUCGCCCCCUCCUGUCGGCUCCACCCCCGGCACGCCCCUCGGCGCGAUCAACCUCCCGGGCACCCCUCAACCGCAGCAGCAACCACCACCUUGGGGCGUUUCUCCUGGUCAAUUUAGGAUGGGCCCGGGAAUGGGUGGCGGACUGGCCGGCAGCGCGAACGGGGGUUCGAGGCCGCAAUCUGCGAUCCAGCCUCAACCGCAGCAGCCUCAGACGCAGGCACCUCAUGCAAGUCAAAACCAGAAUCAAACAGGGAAAGAUCCGUUCGCAGAUCUUGCAGGGUUAUUUUAA